CCCCCCCGGCGAUUCCCACGCCCGCACCCCUCAGGCCGAGAGCCGCCAGAGCUGAGGCGCACCCACAACACAGCACACACAUCACACAGACUGUCCAUGAUGCGCACGAAAAGGAAACUUUUCCCACUGACGCCCCUGCCACGUGUACAUACAUCGCAUCGUCGGCAUACUCGACAUGCACCCCUCACCGGCGACUCUCAAGCCCUCACCCCUUGGGCUCGAAGAACGCCGGAGCUGACGACGAAAAGCCUCGACUCAUCAAGAGAAUGAAAUGUGAUGUAGAAAGCAGGGCUACAAGAACCUCGUCUCUCCACUGCCUACAGGGACACCUCCUUCUGAUGCCCUUCGUCAUCCCCCUCGUCAACAAUUCAUGAGAACAUGGUGAUACAUACGUUGUGGAAAAAGUGGGGGUGUGGCAUGCGGGAAAAGGGGCUUAAACCAGUGAGUAGUAGAACCAGUGAGUAGUAGCAGGCUACUGUGCCACGUGGGGUCUCUUGACGAGGCAGUUGCGGAAUCCCCCCUCAAUCUCAGCACGGUCGAGGUUUCUGCACACACAACACAUUCAUUGCGGUCACCCUCCGCGGACCCGAUACGAGGAGAACUGACCUGCCGAUGAAGACCAGCUUGCACGAACGGGUCUCGGAUGGCUUCCACUCGUCCUGUGGGAUGCCGCUGCAAGAUGGUGACAUGACAGGGGGAGCAUGAUCGAUAAAUGAGCAGCAAGCGAUGUCCGUAGUCACCUGAAGAGCAUGUGGAUUCCCUGGAACACGAACUUCGAGUCUUGGCCUUCCACGGCCAGCACUCCCUUCAUGCUGCACGCACGGGCCAGAGUGACAGCCACUUAUGCCUUCCUGUGUCAAACCUCUUGGCCUACCGGAAGAUAUCUACGCCCUUGUUCUUCAGGAUGUGCCCGAGCCAGGCGUUCAGUUUGCCCUCAUCCACCUCGCCGACCAGGUCGAUACCGAUGCUCGUCACCGACUCGUCGUGCUGCGUGCACGCACACCGACCGGCCCACGUGACGUGACACGUGUACAUGCAUGUAUGUGUGCACCAUGCCGGUGGGGCACGUACUCAUCUCACCGACCUGGUGCUCCUGGCCAUCCUUCAGAAACUCACUGUCCAUAUCGAGGACCUGGGGGACACGGAUGAGGGGGACAGUAAAGUGAUCGACCCACGUGUGAGUGAGCACCUUGUCGAGCGAGAACGCACGGAUGCCGAGGAUGCCGUUGAUAGUGCUCUCCAGGUUAGUGGCCACGUUGAGCGUCGUCUUGACGAUUGGAGCGAAGUUGUUGAUGGCGCGAAUUCUCUCCUCGACCUGGGACAGAUACGGGGCAUCGACGAGGUCGAUCUUGUUGAGCAAAAUGCGGUCCGAAAACGCCAGCUGCACACACGCACACACAUGUAUUCCGCGGAGGCACGGGAGUGCAGCGAGCGAUGGAUGGAUGCAGAUUGGCGUACGCAGGUACCUGCUCGAUGGCCUCGUUCUCUACGCCCUCAGGUUUCUCGUCGUCCAAGUGCUGGAUGAUGUGCUUGGCGUCGACGACGGUCUGCACACACCACACCACACCACACCACACCACACGAGGCAGAGGACACAGAGAGUGCAGGUCAGGUGUGGUGCGAUCAGUUUCUUUGCGUCGCCUCACCACUAUACCGUCCAGACGAAUUCUCGCCUGGAUGUAGUCGUCGACCUGAGUGUUUUAAGUAAGGACAUGGGAUGUAUGGAUGGGGCACACCACACGUGUGGACGAGUGAGACGGAUAUGCAUAUAUGCGUACGAAGAACGUCUGAGCAACAGGUGCGGGAUCCGCCAGGCCUGAUGGAUGGCAGAGACCAGUAGGGUUGUUGACGCAUGCCCACUGUCCACUCCGUUCUCGCGGAAAGUGUCGUACGUACCUGUGGUCUCUAUCAGGAUGUGGUCGACACGCCCAUCGGCGCGGCCGCUGCAGACACACAGAAGACGGACCAGGUGCCCUCGGCGUGAAUUAUUAGUCGUUCCACGGCUCCAAUGCAGGUACCUCUUGAGGAUCUUCUUGAGCCCCUCCACCAGGUCGCCACGGACUGUGCAGCAGAUGCAGCCAUUGUUCCUGACGCACGCACAGCACGGGGCAAGAGGCGGGUGAGGGGAGGACAUACAUGAGUCGAGUGGGUGGUGGGAUGCGUACGCACAUUUCUAUGAUCGUCUCCUCCUCCUUGAGGGCUUUCGUCACGAGGGCGUCAUCGAUGCCAACCUCGCCGAACUCGUUCUGUUCCAUACACACACCGCACAACAAACAUGCCCCACACGCGCAUGACUCGACGCUGUGGUUUCUCUCCGCACCUCGAUGAUAGCGAUGCGCUUGUCGCCCUUCCAGUCGCGCAGGAUAUGGUUGAGCUGCAUUGCAUGGAGGAGAACACACGUAUUCAUCGCAAACUCUUGCGCAAGCCACACCCCCAACAUAGCAUAGCUACCAGUGUCGUCUUGCCACUGCCCAGGAAGCCUUGGAUGACGAUGCGCACGAUUGACAUCAAGUGAACGAAAGGGAAAGUGGAGAGACGUGUGUUUGUGCUUGUGUUUGUGUGCAUUCCUCACGCACCUGUCAGCACAGUGGCUGGGAUCUUGGCGUCCUCCUGCUGCGAGUAGCUCUUGCCCUCCAUCGCCAUGACUUCCUCGGUCUCCUGACGCAGCUCCUUGGCACGCUCAUGAUCGGGUGCGACCGAGAUGACGGCAUCCAGCUCGAGCUUAGCCCUCUUGUGAGCACCGAGGUUGCUGAGCACCUCCGACCGCGUGAGGAACAGCGGCACGAGCUCGGAUACCACCUUGGCGUCGCCGGUCUGCUGGCGCGCGGCGUCCAGGAACUUCUUUGGGUCUGCGCAAAAGGCAAACAAACACGACAUGCGACGGGCGACCGACGCCGCUCACUCGUCAAGCUUACUUACCGCGCAUGGAAAUGGACUCCAAGCCCAAGGAUGCAGCGUACAUGUCGAUGGCUUUGUUGAUGAUCUGGAUGGCCUGAUAUCAGGGGAGGGGGGGAGGGCAGACAGGGUGCAUGAAGGAGGUGCAGAGGGGAACGACCCGCAGUACGUACGUACCAUGAAGUAGUCGUUGUCCACCUUGAGGACCGCCUCCGCUGCCGCGGCAAGAUCCUUCCACGAGGUGGCUAGAUGCAGACACAGACAGACAGACAGACAGAGCACAUCCGUCCGUCCCAAAUAGAUUGCCUCCCCUCCCCUCCCCUCCUCCGUGUGUUGUGCUGUGUACAUAUACCCGAGCCUGCAACACAUCACAACACAACACAACGCAUCACAACACGACACAACACAACACCAGCGGCGUUGGCGGCCUGCCUGCGUCCUGUGUGUGUGUCUGUGUGUCCCAGCCCCCCGGUGACCCAUUCACUCACUUGACAGGCGGUCCAUCAUCUCCCUGACUCUGCUCAUCAUGCUGUUGGCGAAACCUGACAUGGUGGAGAAGUUGCCCAAAACCAGGGGUGUGACAACUCAGAGGGAGGGCAGGGACGGCUGGGGGAACGAUCUAUAUUCAAGCAGCAGCAGCAGCGGUUACAGGGAGCUCUAGGCGGCCUGACAUGGGGUUUGCAACCG